CACGGGGACCUCACCGCUCCGGGUGCUGCAGCUGUGGCUGGUUGUCAUGGAGAAACUGAUGCACUGAGGCGGCAAAAGAGGACAAGUCUGUAGUCUUGAUGAUGCAGGAGGAGACAAGCAAACGUGGAGAUGCUGAAUUUGCUUCUGAUCUGGCACUUUGUUAGAAGAUGAGUGAUGGAGGCUUAGCAGCAGUCGGAUGUGUGAUGCUGUCGCAGUUAGAGGAGAUUUAGAAGAUGAAGUUUAAGAAGUUCAUCACGAUAAUGCAGGCAGCCAUGGGGAUUGUACCUCUGAACAAACGGGAGCUUCUGCCCCCCGGCAGGAAACUGUGGAGACCCCCGGGGGACCAGCCUGGUUCUGACCAGACCAGCACUGACCUGCUCAAGUCCAGCCGCAAGUUCUGCUGGUCCAGAGAAGCCCAGUACUUGUAUCUUCGCCGCCUCUCUUCACGCAGCUACUCGGCUAUCACGAUGAACCCGGUCAUGGAGGAGACCGUGUGGGAGCAGUUCACCGUGACCCUGCAGAGGGAUCCAAAGAUGGGCUUUGGCAUCGCAGUGUCAGGAGGACGGGACAACCCCAACGAGGAAAGUGGCGAGACGUCCAUCGUGGUGUCUGACGUCCUGCAGGGAGGACCUGCCGAUGGCUUGUUGUUUGAGAAUGACCGAGUGAUACAGGUGAACGCCAUCCCCAUGGAGGGGGCCAUCCACUCCUUCGCUGUGCAGACCCUCAGGAAGUGUGGCAAAGUAGCAAAAAUUACAGUCAAGAGGCCCAGGAAGGUCCCAGUCAAUGUGAUGAACCGUCCCCCAUCACCUGAUGACAGAGUCUUCAACAACGACUACAAUGAUGAUUAUAAUUAUGACCAGGACCGCCGCAGUGUGUACAGUGGUGGGCGGGACCACAGCCUGGAGAGGGAGCGAGGCGGUGGAGGGUACAUGGAUUCUGGCUACCAAACACGCGAGCGGGACUAUGACAGGGACUAUGACCGGCGGGAACGCGGCAGGAGCAUGGAGAGAGACCUGAGCCCGGACCGGUACAGGAGGGACGGCAGCAGAGGUCGCACUUUGGACAGAGAGCGCAGCCCUGAACGCCCCUACAGGAGCGACCACGUGCUCCCCCGCGACCACAGCCCGGACAGAAGGUACCGCAGCGAGCGCGCAUUAGACCGAGACCACAGUCCAGAUCGGCGCUACCGCAGCGAGCGAGCCCUGGAUCGGGAGCACAGCCCUGACAGACGCUAUCGCAGCGAGCGAGCUCUGGACCGUGCUAACAGCCCAGACUUUCGCCACAGACGUGACAGCCACAGCCCAGUCCGAGGCCAUGGCCGCGACCACAGCUUUGAGCGAGGACGUGACAUCCCCAUUGACUCAAGGAAGUAUGAUGAGCCGAUGAAGCGUAGUGGGAGCAGAGAUCGCCUGGACCGCUCACCAUCACCUGCCCCCAUGCCCAUCCCUCUGCCCCGCCCUGUCCGGGACCUGGAGCCACUGGAGAAACCCCUGAACGUCCUGCUGCUGAAGAACCGGCCCAACGAAGAGUACGGUCUUCGUCUGGGCAGUCAGCUCUUCAUCAAAGAGAUGACCAACACAGGACUCGCCAGCAGAGAUGGGAACCUGCAGGAAGGAGACAUCAUCUUAAAGAUUAACGGCACGGUAACAGAAAACCUGUCUCUCAGCGACGCUGGGAAGCUGAUUGAGAAGUCUCGCGGGAAACUGCAGCUGGUGGUGCAGAGAGACAGACGUCAGGUGCUGAUCCGAGUCCCCCCGAUGGUGGACAGCGACUCAGAGCUCGAUGAUAUUUCAGAGAUCGAGUCGUACCGCUCCUACUCUCCACAGGACGACAGGCGAGGACACCAUUCCGACCUUUCCUCCCACUCCUCCAAUGAAAGGCUGAGAGAUAAGCCGAGAGAGGACCCACCAAACAGGCUGGCAAAAAUGGGCGCCAUGGCCACACCAUUCAGAGGUCCUGACAGAACCGUAGAGGACACGCUGCCUUUGCCGGCAGAGAGGGAGGAUCCUCGACCAGAGACGCCACCGGUACCAGCAGUCACUGUAGCCCCAAGGCAUCAUGCUCCUCCUAAGGUGCCACUAAAGCCAAGCAUAGAGGACCAAGAAAUAUAUGGGCCAAACACUGUGAUGGUGCGUUUCCAGAAAGGUGACAGCGUGGGUCUGAGGCUCGCGGGUGGAAAUGAUGUCGGCAUCUUCAUCGCUGGUGUCCAGGAAGACAGCGCGGCUGAGCAGGAGGGUCUUCACACAGGAGAUCAGAUCAUGAAGGUGAACAAUAUGGACUUCAGAGGCAUGGUGCGUGAGGAUGCUGUCCUCUACCUCCUGGAGAUUCCCAAAGGAGAAGAUUUAACCAUCCUUGCUCAAAGCAAACCCGAUGUGUACAAGGACAUUUUGGCAUCUGGCAGAGGCGACUCUUUCUUCAUCAGGACCCACUUUGAGUAUGAGAAGGAAGCUCCUCAGAGCCUUCCUUUCUCCAGAGGAGAGAUCUUCAAAGUGACAGACACACUUUAUGAUGGAAAACUGGGCAACUGGCUGGCAGUCCGCUCUGACAAAGACAACCAGCUGCAGGAGAAAGGAAUCAUCCCCAACAAGAGCAGAGCAGAGCAAAUGGCCAACGUCCAGAAUGCCGCCCGGGCAGCAUCAGGUAACGACAGAGGAGACUUCUGGAGGCUGAGAGGUCAAAGGGCGGCAAAGAAGAAAGAUUUGCGCAAGAGUCGAGAGGAACUGAGCGCAGCUCCAGUCACCACGCGAUUCCCCGCCUACGAGAGAGUGGUCUUACGUGAAGCUGGUUUUAGGAGACCUGUGGUCAUAUUUGGGCCCAUUUCUGAUGCAGCGAAUGAAAAACUGGCCAAUGACCUGCCGGACGAAUUUGUUAUCGCCAAAACGGAGCCCAAGGAUGCAGGAAGUGAGAAAUCCUCUGGAGUGGUGAGACUAAACACCAUCAGACAAAUCAUCGAACAGGACCUUCACGCUCUGUUGGACGUGACGCCCAAAGCUGUGGACACUCUAAACUACACCCAGUGGUACCCCAUCGUCAUCUUCAUGAACCCAGACAGCAAGCAAGGCGUCAAGACCAUGAGGAACCGCCUCGUACCCGGAUCCAGCCGCAGCGCACGCAAACUGUAUGAGCAGUCUGUGAAGCUGAGGAAGACCUGCUCACACCUUUUCACUGCAACUAUCGACCUGAACUCAGCCAAUGACGCAUGGUACGGCAGUCUGAAAGAUUCUAUUCGGGAGCAGCAGGACAGAGCUGUGUGGGUGUGUGAGGGCAAGCUGGACGGUUCAGAGGAGGACCUGGAUCUCCACGACGACCGCAUGUCCUACCUGUCGGCAAUGAGCGCAGACUACCUGAGCAUGGACAGCCGUCUGGCCAGCGACUACGAUGACACGGCGGAUGAGGGCGGAGCUUACACAGACAAUGAGCUGGACGAGACUAUGGACGAGCCCCAGCCGGUGUCGGCCAUCAGCCGAUCAUCGGAGCCCGUAAUACCAGAUGAGAGACCUCACCCUGAACCCCGGGCUCGUAUGAGGAGGUCAGGAAGCAGAGAGAUGCUGAACAGAGAGCCCAGCCCUCCCCCUUCUUUUGUCCCUGAACCCCCAAAGGUGCGUGUUCAGACUCGGACCGAGUCAUCGCGGAGCUAUGACUCGCACUCCAGCAGCACCAUCAGCAGCGACGCAGUGGGCGGACACAAGCCUGCUCCCCCUCCCGUGGCCAUGAAGCCCAGCCUCAGCCGUCUGAACCAGACGUCAUCAGAGGAGCGGACCCCAGAGACGGAGGAGGACCCCGCCAACAAAUCCUUCCUGGGCAAGAUUAAAGCGUUUGAGAAGAUGGACCACCUGGCGCGAGCUCAGAGGAUGCUGGAGCUGCAAGAGGCAGAGAACGCUCGACUGGAAAUCGCCCAGAAGCAUCCAGACAUCUACGCCGUCCCAAUCAAACUGCCAAAACCAAACCUCAACCGUCCUCAGCCAAUAGGUUCCAGCUCCAAUCCCGAGCCGCAGGCUCCCUUCAGGCCACAGUACUCUGAUGCCAGAGGAUACGAGGACGAGGAGGCCGAGUACCGCAGACAGCUGGCCGACCAGACCAAGAAAGGAUACUACAAUCCUCAGAAAUACAAAGACACUGAGCUGUAGGCUGGGCACACAGAAAGUGACGGAUUCCUCCUACAUCAUCGCACAGACAAGCAGAUGGCAUUUGCUGCCAUGGUAACAGCUGAUGCAGCUUUUACCUUUAUGUAAACACUGAGAACUUUCUCCCUGGAAACUUUAACACUUUUCAGUUCUGUUGUCAUACUUUGAUCCAGGCGACACACUAAAUAUUCCUAUGGACAGUGUAUUUUGACAGGUUCAGCGUCCUGAACAAAAACAUGGCUGAUUUUUCUGACGUACCUCUUCAGUCUGAUAUUUCACUGUAUAUAUUCUUUUUAUGUGUCUGAAGAGGUCUUUGUUACAAGUGAGGUUUUAUUUUCCCCCAUCAUGCAAACACUAGACACUAGGCUCAGUUUUAGUCUCGUGUUUUACUGUUGCAGAUGAGUCACUCUAAAAAAUACCCUAAGAUUUCUUUUUAAAAAACUGAUUUUUGUAGUUUUGAAGGUAUGUUUAGAAUCCACAAACACUCUUCUGACCAUGAGGAAGAAAACUAUCUUGUCCUCUGCAUGAUAACAAUGAGUUUUCACUUUUUCCGGACAUACCAUAUUUCUGGACUCCUUUUGUAGUAAGAAGUGAAACCUGAAAUGUGGUGUUGUGUAUCAUCAGAAAACCAUGGAAAGUAACAGUAUAGACAAAUAGUCUAUAGUCCAUUCUGGGCUACUGUAGAAACAUGCCAGACUCCGUAGUAGAGAACCUGCUCCCUCUGUAGAUAUAAAAGGCUAUUUCUAAGGUAAAACAUAACAAUUCUUAUUUUCACGUGAUUAUACACAAAUUAAAACAUACACGUUUCAUAAUUACUCAUUAAAUUGCCCUAUAUCUUACACACUGGACCUUUUUUAAAAUCUUCUGUUCAUCCAGCUGGCUCAAAGGGUAUUUGAGGAUUCAGGAAAUAUCUUCAGAACAUCAGUAAGUGUUGCUAGAUGACCUUUUGCGUUUUUCAAAGAUCAGUAGGUUUAUAUUUUUCAGAGGAACAACAGGCAACAAACAUUACCUCUGUAAAGGUGAAUCAGAAACUAGAGCUAACCACGCUGCAACCAGACAACAGAUAAGAUACUGUACAUGUGUACGGUAUCUGGACUGUUGGGUUUUACAUCUCAUAAGUGAGUGCAACGUUCUAACCCUGCACACACUUAGGUGUGCUUGUUUCAGGCACAUUCAUCUAAGAACAGUGUAAAAAUGAAACAGUGUGUCAGCAGCUGCUCUGAACUUCUCUUAUCACUCUCCUGCCAAGCCUCCUGAUUUAUUGUACACCUCUGCAUUCCUGAUUAGACAUGGUAUAUACACUACACUGUGAAGCAGCAUAUCUUAAGUGCCUUGUAGCUCUGAUGUCCAGAGACAACACGAGGUUCUUAAACUGUCAAAACAUUCUGACACCGAGUGCAAAAACACCUGCUGUUUUACUGAACGAUAUUUUCAGUUUUGUCAUCACUGACAACAUUCAGUCAACGGGCAGAAACGGCUUUCACCAAAGAAAUAUCAUGAAGACACGAGUCGUAAUUAUGAGAUACAGAAGCAUCUCAUUAAUGUAACAUCUGUAUUAUGAUCACAAUAUCUGUAUCUCAUACUAAUGAGUUGAAAAGCGACAACGUAUGGAAGUCAUAACAGGAUAGCGUGUCUUUGGGAGAUUGCAGUUCAUUUCCAUAAAAUCUGAGAUUUGACGGGUGCAGCACAGCUGAUGUUUCUGACAGUUUGUAUGUUUGUCUUUAUUCAGUGCUUUUCAGCCGGAGACAAUCACGUUGUUAUUGCAUGUUUUUAUAUUGAACACACACUGAACUCAGUCAAGUCUUUGUACACUGGAGCGUCUGGAAUGUGGUGACGACAAUCAUGUUGAUCAGUUUCUUUUACGUGUCUGUUAGUUUGUGAUUUCUAGUUUGUGAUCUCAUUAGUGUUACAGAAAAGACUCAAAUUCAAUAAAUAAAUCUUUUUUACA